AGACGAGUUUGGGAACAUUAAUCGUGGUCAAUAUUGAAUCGACUAUAAUUUGUAGUAAAACCUGCUGAAAUUAUGUUUUGGCUAUAAGAUUUUUUUAAAAUCGGUAAAAUUCUGUUGAUAGGAGAGUAAAGAAGCGGUAGCGGGUGAAAAUGUGUGAAAAGGGGAAGAGUUGGGGGCGUUAGAAAAAAAAAUCUGCAAUUCCAGCCAGAUGCUGCCUGGUACCGUAUGGUGAAUAAUACACACAGCACCCCGAUAUCCGCAUAUAUCAACGCAGCAUCAGCGCGCGCCAUCGCAUCGCAGUAUUGCAUCAUCAUCAUCAUCACGCAUCAUAUCGACAGCCUGUCACGGGCCACUCCCAUCCUGGCUUGGAAAGUUUGAGAUCCUUUUCUUUUUGUCCAGAUUCCAGCGGCUGAUUUAGCUUGGGCCUCCGAUCUUGUGUCGAACGUGAACAGAUUUUAGUUUCAGAUUGAGUUUAUAGAUUUCUAUCACCAAGAUGAGUCUGAGCACAGUACUUGAGGAAAUUGAAGAGAAGGGGAUCACUGGAGUGAGAUUUGAGCAGACUGACUUAAAUGGCGUGGCCCGGUCCAAGCUGAUCCCUUCCCGCCACUUCAAGGACAAAGCAACGGGAGGGGUGAACUUUUAUUUGGGGCACAUAGGAAUGGACGUCCAAGCGGCGGUUGUUCCAGGAACUGGAUUUGCUGAGGAAGUUGGAUACUGCGAUGCUGUCAUGUUUCCUGAUUACAGUUCGUUCAAAGAGCUUCCAUGGGCGGAGAAAACGGCCCGUAUUUUGGUCGAGCCAACUUAUAAGGGCGAGUAUGUAUCUGCCCAUCCAAGGGUUGCGGCACGUAGACAACUGGAGAAGCUGAAGGACUUAGGGUAUUCCCUGUUUUCUGCUCAUGAACAUGAGUUCUAUGUUGUGGAUAAGGUCACCAAGAAGCCCAUCAACAAUGACAUCAAUAUUCGAUCCACUCUGAGAAUGUUUCCGUUGCGGAGGUUCGUCAAACAGGUUAUGGAGGACAUGCCUGUUGCUGGUGUUGAUAUUGAACAAGUUGAAUCUGAAUACGGUCCAGGACAGGUUGAGAUAACCUACAAACCAGCCUUUGGGAUCAGAUCUGCAGACAAUGCUUUCACUUUCAAGACGGGUAUCAAAGAGAUUGCACUUCUACAUGGCUUUCAAGCUUCCUUCAUGUCCAAGCCUUUUCUCAAUCAGAGUGGAUCUUGUACCCACUUCUGCCACUCCCUGUACCAAGCGGAUGAGAAAACACCAGUUUUUUACGAUGCCAACAGUCCCAUUGGCCUUUCGGAGGUUGGCCAGAACUGGGCUGCAGGAAUACUUGCCCAUGCUCCUGCGAUCGAGGUCCUCAUGGCUCCAACAGUAAAUUGCCUGAAGAGAGUUGGAGGUGGUUUCUGUCCAAAGAAUGCCACCUGGGGGAUGGACAAUCGCACCACAAUGCUUCGCAUCAAGGUCAACGGCGACAUGGGCACCUACAUGGAGAACCGUGCUGGCGCCGGUGGUGCUAACUGCUACCUGGUGCUGGCUGCGACCGUUGCUGCGGGAAUGGAUGGCAUCAUCAACAAGUACAAGCUUCCUGCAGAAACUACAGGCUGUGCCAACAAUCCGGAAGAUGUCCCACCGAAGACAGCUGAUCUGCCAAACAACAUGGAAGCCGCUCUGGAGGCUCUUCUCAAUGAUGAGGUGAUAAGAAAUGCAUUUGGUGAGGAUUUUAUCAAGUGUUUCAGUGCUGUGAAGAUGCACGAAGCCAAGUUGGAAAAACAGGCUUUGGCUAAAGGUCAAAAGAAUUGGGACUUUGAUUUUUACUUUGAAUAUCUGUGAAGUAACAAUUUCAGCAAGUUUGGAUAUAUUACAGUGUUAUGGGGUAUCAACCUAUCAAUUUUUAUUUUAUUGCUUACGAUGCUUCCGACAUUCUGUCCAGUAGAGUUGAAACAGCUUAAUUAUGGGUGGAUAGGUCAGGGGUUUCUUAGUUGCAUUAGAUGAUAACUGUACUCGAUUGUGAACUUUAUUUCCCAAGCUUAUAUUUUUUCAUAGAAUUGUAGGCCAAUAUUGUACAACUUGUAACUUGUAUUGUUGUAAAUAUUCAAUAAAGCCUAGAUUACUCUUAAUAUAGUCUUUCAAUUAAUCAUUGUAUUCUAAAUCAUUGAUGAAACUUUUUGUCAUGUUAAAAAAGAUAUGUUUCUUUCAUUAUUUAUUUUGUAUAGUUUGUUGAAAUUAGAACCCCCAUACUGUUUAUACUACAUGUACUAGUGGAUUCUGCAUAAUGUAUGUAAGUAACAAUAAUGAUAAUGAUAAUUAUUAUUAUUAUUACUGUAUGUAAUAUUUAUUUUUGAAAAAUAUACGUCAUCAAGUGCAUUAUGGGUUAGAACGGAAUUGCACGCGUGAGUUGCAUUUUCAUUCGGAACAGAUCUAACAUGCACUGAGGGUAUUUGGACUGUUACUGUACAAAAGUUUGGGGGAAAGUACAGUAUUAUAUAAUGGUGAGAAGAAUGUGGUGUAGUACUGUAUUUGUUUUAUAUGACAGUGAUGUGUGAAUUCUUGUCAUUUGAUAAACAUGAUGAUACGUAUAUACUAUCCGUCCUUUGGAUCGGACCUUAAAUGGAGGCCCCGUGUAGAGGAGGGACACCACAUUUGCACAUUAAGAACCCACUGCACUAUUUGUAUAUAAGAGUAGGGGGAAACCCCGGUGUAGUGGUCCACCCGCACUCCCCCAGUCAGAUAUAUCGAGAGGAGAGACUUGCAGGUCAUAGUGGUUCAGUUUGCUUUUCGCCGCCCAGGCACAGGUGACGGCAAACUAAUAGUGAUAAUAAUAUAAACCAUUCUCAUCUCAGGACCACUCAUCACCGACCAUUAGUACGCACUUGGACAAAUAAAUAACCAAUGCACACAAGCAGUCUUUUAAGAUCCUCUUCCUUAUCUUUGAAAGAAAAUAAGACAAAUAUUGCUAAAAUGGAUGCUGGAAAUAGAGUAAAUAAGCCAUUGACUCUAAUUAGGGGUAUAAAGUAGGCAUACUAGAUCCAAAUAUGUAGAUCGAACCUGUUAAUAUUUUAUUUUAAAUAUGGACCUUUAGUGAGCUCCAGGGUGAUUUUCACCACACCAUUAUCAUUUAUGAAAACACAAGAAGGUUAAACACAGUCUGGUAGUAAAUACCAAUGACAUAACUGUAUAAAGAUAUGAGCAUUUCCAAAUUUAUACCUAAUCAUGAACAUUGUAAAUGCAUAUAUUUGUUACAAUUUUGAAAUUUGUAUUCAGUGGAAUUACAUGUAUUGAAAAGUAUAUUUUUAUAUUUUUUAUGCACAUGUAUGUAUUUGAUACUAGUACGAAUAUUUGUUACUAUGUGAAUAUAAAGUAUGUGUGUCACUUUAUGUCAUUUUACAUGGAUACACAAUCUAAUGUUAAUCAUGAGUGAGUAAUUCCAUUUCCAAUCAGUCAUAAGUUAAUGAAUGACCAAACGAAGCUGAAACCACAAAAAAAUAGGCAAAAAUGAGAAUGGAAGUUUGAAAGUUUUGAAAAAGUGAAUGAGACAAGGAAUAAGAAAGUAGUAGAUGUUUAAGAAAUGAAUUCAUGAAAUUUGUGAAAAUCUAACAUUGACUAAAUUGUGUUAGUUAAUUUUGACAAAUGGUAGGCACAACCCUCUAAUUGAUCUCUCUCUUUCUCUUUCCCAUCUUUCUCUCACCAAUUUGAAGUUAUUUCCUACAAAAGAAUGGCUGAAUAGAAAUGUUCAAGUAAGAAUGGCUGAAUAGAAAUGUUCAAGUGGUACACUGGUUUGAAAUACUGAAAUGAAAAUGUAGAACAAUUGCCAGCACUAAUUGUCCUUUCAGAUUAUUUAAAUGCACUGUUUUGUCUUUUUACUUUAGCAUUGUUUUCUGAAAAGUAAUAAGCAGUAAAAUCAAGUCGCUAAAAUUUGAUAGCAAGAGAUUCUGCCAUUUGAUACCCAAUUGUAUUCAUUUAUUUUAUUUUGUAUUCUUUAAACAUGGUAACCUCAUCAGUAGUAAGAUAUUGUUUAACUUUGGGUACUGUAUGAUAUAUCACUAAUAUAUAUAUAUUUUUUUAAUACAAGCGUUAACACAAUCCAAAUGGGAAAUACAUAGUCAUAUGAUCAUAUAAAACACAAGAUGGCAUCUUCCGAUUAAUAUCAUCUCAUAACAGAAAAAUUAUACAGGAGUUUGAGCAAUAGCAUACCCUAGGAUGGUAUAAAAGAGGGAUAGUUCUGAGGAAAGAUCUAGAGAUAUCAUGAAUUGGCAUAUAUAUCCACAAUAAGCACAAUGGUUCUGAGCUCCAUUUUUUUUCCUAAAAUCUACAGAAGGGUAUGACACUUCACUGAUUCAUUCGUGCAGUGUAUAACUGACCUACUGGUAACCUUGGAAAUAAUUGAUUUCCUCUGAAUAAUAAUCUAGUACCGGUAUGAUGGUAGCUCAAAAUGAUGGUAUUCUAAAGGUAACAGCUGCAUGGCAUCCUAUUGCAUUUGAAAUUCAAAAUCCCACAAUUUCUUGUUGAGCUCUACAUUUCUUGUUGUGUUCUAGAUCAUGUAGACCCUAGCAUUGAUGUUCUUUGUUUUGAAACAUACAUGUAGAGUACUGUACAGAGCAUCCCAGAAAAAAGGGAAACUGAGAUUUUAAUUAUUUUAGCAUAAUCAAAUGAUUUUUAUCAUAAAGUUAAAUUUUGAAACAAAAUACACUAUCAUGAAAUUAUGCAUCGAUGAGCAAGAAGAGUUUGAUAAUUUUGAUUACCAAAACCGGGUUGCCCAGAAAAAUUGGUCAAGAUUCAAAUACAUGUGUUUAUCAAUUUCUGCACCA